AUGGAAGGUUUGGAUUACAUUGCAACUUUCUCCCCUCUUGCAAAACUCACCAUAGUUCGAUUAUUAUUAGCUCUAGCUGCAAUCUUUCAUUGGCAUCUCAAACAACUGGAUGUGAAUAACGCUUUUCUUCAUGGUGAAUUAGAUGAAGAAGUUUACAUGAAUCUGCAUCCCGGUGUUCCUGCUGUCUUUCCUAACCAAAUUUCUGAGUCAUCUAUUACAGCUAUUCUUGUGUACGUGGAUGACAUCGUUCUUGCUGGAAAUAAUAUUGAAGAAAUUACCACUGUAACCAAUAUCCUUGAUAAUGCUUUUAAAAUAAAGAACUUGGGCAAUCUUCGAUAUUUUUUGGGUCUAGAGGUUGCUCGCAACAGCACUGGAAUUCAUCUCUCUCAACGGAAAUACAUUCUCGAUAUUCUGAAAGAUUGUUGUAUGUUAGCAUCUCGCCCUGUUGCCACGCCGAUGGAUUAUACUACUCGACUUUCCACCUCAUCUGGCACCCCGCUUCCUGACUCUUCCUCCUAUCGUCGGCUUCUUGGCCGCUUAAUUUAUUUAACUACAACUCGCCCUGAUAUCUCCUACGUUGUGCAUCAUCUCAGUAAAUUUAUGUCCUCUCCAACGACUGCACAUUCUCAGGCAACUUUUCGCAUUCUACCGUAUCUAAAGCAGGCUCCUGGUUUUUCAGUUUACAUUGGGGAGUCCCUUAUUUCCUGGCGUUCUAAAAAGCAACCUACAGUUUCUCGUAGCUCCUCGGAUGCGGAAUAUCGUGACCUUGCCACCAACACCUGUGAGCUCCAAUGGCUGACUUAUCUGCUCACUGACUUACACAUACUCUUCAAGCAACCAACUCUUCUCUAUUGUGAUAAUCAAUCUGCCCUCCAAAUUGCUACCAAUCAGGUCUUCCAUGAGGGCACCAAACAUAUCGACAUUGACUUCCAUUUAGUUCAUGAAAAAGUUCGCUCGGGACUGGUAAAGUUGCUUCCUGUGUCUUCUUCUCAACAGCUUGCAGACAUCUUUACCAAAUCUCUAUCUCCUUCUCUGUUUUCUGAUCUUAGUACCAAGCUGGGAAUGUUCAAUCUCUAUUCUCAGCUUGAGGGAGGGUCUUAA